CGCGGCCGGAGCCGGCGCGGCGGAGCGAAGGAGGGAGGAGGGGAGCCGGCGGAGAAGGGUCAGCCGCGGCGGCAGGGGCGGCAGCGGCGCAGCUCCGCUCCCCGGGCGUCUCACGUCCCCGCGCCCAGGCAGGGCGCACAGUCCCUGUCGCCGGGAUGCGGCUGCUUGCCUGUCGCGGCCGCCGCCUCGCGCUCCCAGCACUGCUCUCGCUCCUCACCUGCUCCCUGGCCUUUGCUUUUGCUUCUGAAGAUAUGAAGAAAGAGGUCAAGCAGUCCAAGAAUUUGGAGAAAAGUGGUAUAUCAAGGAAAAAUGACAUAGAUUUAAAAGGAAUUGUAUUUGUCAUCCAGAGUCAAAGUAAUUCUUUUCAUGCGAAGAGAGCAGAACAAUUAAAGAAAAACAUCUUAAAGCAAGCUGCAGAUCUUACACAGGAACUCCCCAGAGUCCUCCUUCUUCAUCAGCUGUCUAAGCAGGAAGGUGCAUGGACCAUACUUCCACUGUUACCACACUUUUCUGUAACAUAUAGCCGAAAUUCAUCAUGGAUUUUCUUCUGUGAAGAAGAGACAAGAAUACAAAUUCCAGAACUCUUAGAAACACUCAGAAGAUAUGACCCAUCAAAGGAAUGGUUUUUAGGAAAAGCAUUACAUGAUGAAGAAUCUACGAUAAUUCACCAUUAUGCCUUUUCUGAAAAUCCUACAGUUUUUAAAUAUCCAGACUUUGCUGCUGGCUGGGCCCUUAGUAUUCCACUUGUAAACAAGCUUACCAAGAGAUUAAAGAGUGAAUCCCUGAAAUCUGACUUUACAAUAGAUUUAAAACAUGAGAUUGCCCUGUACGUCUGGGACAAAGGCGAUGGACCUCCCCUUACUCCCGUGCCUGAGUUUUGUACAGAUGGUGUGGACUCCUCCUGUGCUACCACUUUCCAUUCUUUUCUACCACUUUGUGGAAAUCCAGUGAAGAAGGAGGAUAUUUUUGUUGCAGUAAAAACAUGCAGGAAAUUUCAUGGUGAUAGAAUACCCAUUGUAAAGCAGACUUGGGCGGGUCAGGCAAGUCUCAUUGAAUACUACAGUGAUUACGCAGAAACUUCCAUUCCUACGGUAGAUCUGGGAAUUCCUAAUACAGAAAGAGGUCACUGUGGAAAGACAUAUGCCAUUUUGGAAAGAUUUUUGAAUCACAGCCAUGACAAAAUAACAUGGUUAGUCAUUGUGGAUGAUGAUACAUUAAUAAGCAUCUCCAGGCUCCAGCACUUGCUCAGCUGUUACGACUCCAGUGAACCUGUGUUUCUGGGAGAGCGCUAUGGCUACGGCUUGGGCACUGGCGGCUACAGCUACGUCACGGGUGGAGGAGGGAUGGUCUUUAGCAGAGAGGCCAUCAGGAGACUUCUUGCCAGUAAGUGUCGCUGCUACAGCAAUGAUGCUCCCGACGAUAUGGUCCUGGGAAUGUGCUUCAGUGGGUUGGGAGUCCCUGUGACGCACAGCCCUCUCUUCCAUCAGGCUCGGCCCGUGGAUUACCCUCAGGACUACCUUUCUCACCAGGUUCCCAUAUCAUUCCACAAACACUGGAACAUUGAUCCAGUAAAGGUAUAUUUCACAUGGUUGGAACCCCGUGAGGAAGACAAAGCCAGACAGGAGACACAGAAGGGCUUUAAAGACGAGCUGUAAAGCAUGGUGGCCUAUG